AUGCUUGCUAGUGUCCUUCGUUCGGCUCGAUAUCGAUCCGGCGCUAAAUCCUCUCGUCAUUGUUUUGCAAUAAUUCACGACUAUUCCACACCCGCACGUAAUCCUGCGCUUGCCUGCUGGAACAGUGAUGAUAAGUCAUAUUUCCAGCAGCUUCUGAAGCCCGAGAACGUACUCACUGACAUCGAGGACACUAAACCAUUUACAGUAGACUGGCUUGUGAAGUAUAAAGCGCAAAGCAAUCAUCAAAUGGUGCUCAAGCCUAAAACUACAGCGCAAGUCUCAGCAAUUCUUAAUUACUGUAAUCAACGUAAUCUGUCAGUGGUCCCACAAGGUGGAAACACGGGUCUCGUUGGUGGCAGUGUACCUGUGUAUGACGAAAUUGUUCUAUCUAUGAGCUCAAUGAACAAUGUGAUUUCAUUUGACGAGGUUUCAGGCGUCUUGGUGUGUGAAGCUGGCUGUAUCCUUGAAAAUUUAGAUAGCUACGUGGCCAAGCAUGGCUACAUGAUGCCUCUGGAUCUUGGGGCUAAAGGAACAUGUCAGAUCGGUGGGAAUGUUGCUACCAACGCUGGUGGACUUCGCUUACUAAGGUAUGGAUCGCUGCAUGGCACAGUUCUAGGUAUUGAGGCUGUACUGGCAGACGGCACAGUAAUUGACUGUUUGAGUACCAUGCGUAAGGACAACACUGGUUAUGAUCUUAAGCAGUUGUUUAUUGGAUCUGAAGGCACACUAGGAGUGGUAACCAAGGUGUCAAUUUUGACACCUCCGCGUUCGUCUUCUAAAAACGUAGCUUUACUUGCUUGCGAAGACUUUGCUGCUUGUCAAAAAGCAUUUGUCGAGGCAAAGAAAAAUCUGGGCGAGGUACUAUCGGCUGUUGAGUUCAUGGACCGUCAGUCUCUCGACAUAGUUUUUUCUCAACAGGACUGGACAAAAGAUCCACUUGAGACGAUUAGCCCAUUCUACGUGCUGAUUGAGACCUCAGGCAGCAAUAGUCAUCACGAUAUGGAGAAGCUGGAGGCGUUUUUGGAGGAUGUCAUGGGAUCGGGUGUUGUUGUUGAUGGUACGGUUGCUCAAGAUGCUUCUCAAGCACAGAAACUGUUCAUGCUUCGUGAGGAUAUCUCUUUGUCGCUAAGCUCUCGUGGAUUUGUGUAUAAGUAUGAUAUUUCGUUACCCUUAGAUCAGUACUACAAAAUUGUGGAAGAGGUUCGUGAUAUAGUGACUCCUCUCGGAGCGGAAGUGGUUGGUUUUGGACAUAUGGGUGACUGCAAUUUGCAUUUGAAUGUCUCUACAAGGGAAUACGACGAAAAAGUCUUUAAUGCAUUAGAGCCCUUUGUCUUUGAGUGGACGUCCAAAUAUCGAGGUAGCAUUAGCUCAGAACAUGGUAUUGGUACGCACAAACCACCAUUCCUCCACCUGUCCAAGUCGGACGAUUCGAUUCGGCUAAUGAGGCAAGUAAAGCAGCUGAUGGAUCCAAAAGGGAUUCUGAAUCCCUAUAAAGUUCUCCCCAAUGAAAUUUGA